AUGAUUCAUUCAAGCCGUUGGGCUCCCGCUCAUCUGUCGAGCCAGGCUAGCGAGGAUCCGAGCAUGCCGCCCAUCACGCUGGACGACAUGCCCGGCCCUCACUCGUCGACUUUGGAAGAGGCGAGAGACGAGGAAGGGUACUCGAGUGCCGAGGAUUAUGCGUCUAUGGAGCCUCGGAGCGAUUCGUCUGGUGAGAGUAGACAGGAUACUUCUGAUGGGGAAGAAACCUCGGAACUCUCUAGAGAUGGCGAGCAGGACGUCCCAGCCGGUGACCCUGAUGAGGGAGACUGGCAUGUUGUCGACGAUGCGGCGGGGCCGGACCCGGACCGCACGGUCGCGACGCUGCUGAACAUGCUGUGUAUACUGGACAGGCAGGCCCGAGACCUUGAGAAGAGGGGGUAUGAGAUGAACAGUAGGAGGGGCGAGGUCGAGAGGCAGCUGUUGAGGACUGAGCCGUGGGCGCUGGCGCGGGAGAUGACGGGCGAGGAGGCGUUCUGGUGGGAGCGGCGGGACGGGAGCGGUGGCCGCGAGAUUGAGGAGCUGAGAAAGCUUGCUAUAGGGACGGUCGGUCUUGAGGUAGCGGUGAAGGAUGUUGAGAGGAGGAGGGAGAGGGUAGUUCGACUGUUGGUUGAGGUUUGGGGUCGUGGGAUUUAG